AAAAAAGAAAAAAAGAAAAGAGAGCUCUUCUCAGUUCUAUGUAUGUGUUUGUCUGUGUGUGUCUCUCUCUCUGUGUGUGAGACUGGGUUUGGUAUAAAGCCGAGGGGGGCCUUCACCAAUCGCGAGGAGGGAGGAGGAUCGCUUCAUCGGGAAGAAAUCCGUCGGCAGCUCGGCCAACCAUGAAGGUCUCCGUGAAGACUCUGAAGGGCGCUCGCUUCGAAAUCGAAGUGAAACCUGAAGAUACGGUCGCUGAUGUAAAGAAAAACAUAGAAGCUGUACAAGGAGCAGAUGUUUAUCCUGCUACUCAGCAGAUGCUUAUUUAUCAGGGAAAAGUCCUGCCCGAUGGUUCAACAAUGGAAGAAAAUAAGGUUGCUGAGAAUAGUUUUAUUGUAGUUAUGUUGUCGAAGAGUAAGAGCUCAUCUGGCGAGGGUUCAGCCACAUCUGCUGCUCCAGCAACUAAGGGACUAAAAGAUAUUUCCCUGCAGACACCACAAACAAGUGCCUCACCUGCUACAGCAGCACCAGCAGCAGCACCAGCUCCAGCAGCAGCAGCAGCACCACCAGCUCCAGCACCAUCACCAUCACCUGCUCCACCGCCUGCUUCUGUAGCAGCUGCCCCUGCACCUUCCCCUGCCCCUGCUCCUGCUUCUGUUUCUUCUGGCACUGCUGUGUCUGAAUCAGAUGUCUAUGGCCAAGCUGCUUCUAAUCUUGUUGCAGGAAACAAUUUAGAGGGGGCAAUCCAACAAAUCCUUGACAUGGGUGGAGGAACUUGGGACAGGGAUACUGUUGUCCGAGCCCUUCGUGCUGCCUAUAAUAACCCAGAGAGAGCUGUCGAAUAUCUAUAUUCGGGUAUACCUGAGCAAGCUGAUGCUCCACCUGUUGCAAGGGCACCUACUACCGAGCAAGCUGCUAAUCCUCCCGCUCAACCAGCACAACCUGCACAACCUGCACAGCCAGCUGCGGUUCCUUCGAGUGGGCCCAAUGCAAAUCCUCUUGAUCUCUUUCCUCAGGGUCUUCCAAACAUGGGAACAGGUGCUGCCGGUGCUGGUAACCUUGAAUUUCUUCGCAACAGCCAACAGUUCCAAGCAUUGCGAGCUAUGGUGCAGGCGAAUCCGCAAAUACUGCAGCCCAUGCUUCAAGAGCUUGGGAAGCAAAAUCCUCACCUGAUGAGACUUAUUCAAGAGCAUCAAGCUGACUUUCUUCGCCUGUUAAACGAGCCUAUGGAGGGUGGAGAAGGGAACAUCCUGGGCCAGUUAGCUGGAGCGAUGCCGCAGGCCAUCCAAGUCACUCCUGAAGAGCGGGAGGCCAUUGAGAGGCUUGAAGCGAUGGGCUUCGAUCGGGCGAUUGUUCUAGAGGUUUUCUUUGCGUGCAACAAGAAUGAGGAGCUCGCAGCAAACUACCUCUUAGACCAUAUGCAUGAGUUCGAGGACUGAUGUUUCGGCCAUGAGAACAGAUGGUAGAUUUGUUUGCCCGUCUCCCGUCACCGUUCGUGUCUGUGAUUUCUUUCCUUUCCAACCUCUUCUGCUGUUUAUGAAUAUGAACAUAAAUAUUCUCUUAAGUUUAGAAGGCCCCUUUCUUCUGUUUUAUAUAACAUAUUCAAAGAGUCUCUAAAGAGUUGCACAGAUAAUCCCGAACAUUUGUAGCAUCCCCUGCCUUUGUCUUCUUCCUUGUUUCUCUUUCCUUUUGCGUCUAACGUUCUUUCGUAUUUAACUCGUAUUAUCUUUUAUUCUUCCUUUAUGAACUCCUCCUUGUAUCGUCACAUUUGCCCUCAUACUUCGGUUUGCUCUCAUGGAAUAUUGAAAUGCAUGUCCGGUAA